CUGUGAUCUUCGCUGGCGCCGCACCUGCCUCUCCUCCUACCACACCCCCACCGCCCAGCAUGCCGCUCAACUACUCAAAGUGGGACGCCCUCGAGCUCUCCGACGACUCGGACAUCGAGGUGCAUCCCAACGUCGACAAGAAGAGCUUCAUCAACUGGAAGCAGCGCGACAUCCAUGAGAAGCGCGAGCUGCGCAGGCGUGAGAUGCAGGAUCUGCGCGACGAGAUUGCGCUCAAUGCCAAGCUCGACGGCAAGCUCGGCGAGGUGCUCGGCGGCCUGUCCUCAGAAGGCUCGACGUCCUACUCUCGCACCGUCUCGCAGCUGACUGCCGAGCGCGAGGCGAACCCGAACAAGGCCAAUCCAACGCCGUCAGACAUGGUCCUUUCGCUGCUACUGCAGAUCAACGAAGUGCCGUCGGUGAAGGGCAAGAGCGGCAAUGAGCUGGACGAGGCGCUCACGACGCAGCUCAAGGAGCACCGCGAGAAGCUCGCCGCGCGUACGCUGCAGGCCAGCGCGCAGCUCAAGGGCUUUGAGGAGGAGGAGAAGCGCAAGAUCACGAGUGAUGGCAUUCGCGAGGGCUGGAGCUCGGGUCACGUGAGCAAGGCCGAACCAGAAGAGGCGCCUUCGCCGGAGAAGCCGAAGAGCAAGGGCAAGGGCAAGGCAACGACAACAACGAUCGAGACGCUCAAUUCGCCCAGCGUGCAGCAGACAUCCCCAGACUCGGACGCCGACGACUCCGACGACGAGUCUGUGCCGGCGCUCACACCCGCGAUGUCCAAGUUCAUCGACCUGGAGCCGUGCGUGCCCAAGGUGCUGCCGCUCGAGAUGCCCGGCCUGCCACCGCAGUUCAACCCCAAGCGCGACCUCAACACGGCGGCGUUCGCGAGCGCCUACGAGUACAUUGGCAAGAACCGCGUGCUGCUGCGCAAGGGCUCGACGGAUGCGCUGCUCGUCGAGGCGUUCCAGGCGUGCAUGCGUGGCGAUGCGGCGCGCGGCCGGCGUGCUACCGAGAAGGGCCUGAUGGUGCAGUACUGCGAGAAGCUCGGCAAGGAUGGCGUCUCGCUCUUCUUCCAACGGAUGAACAACCAGGACGGCCGCGCCGCGAUCGUCUUCUUCAACGACGUGCUCUCCACCUUCACGCGCAUCCUCACGCGCAGCAAGGCGCUGGCCGCCGAGCAGCCAGCAGCGAGCGGCGGCGUGGAGCAGAUCCAGCUGGUGGCCGAGGACCCAAACACCGUGAUCGGCUUCGAGGUGCCCGACGGCCCGCCGCCGGAGAAGAUUGAGCUGGAGGGCGAGGGCUCGGAGAGCAUGGAUCCGGAGCGCGUGCGAGCGUUCCUGCAGCGCCGCUGGGACAUCUUCACGGGCUUUGCGCCCGAGCUGCAGGAGGCACUCAAGACCAAGGAGCUCGACAAGGUCAACAAGGUGCUGGGCGACAUGCCGUGUGAUGAUGCUGAGCAGGUCGUGGGCCUGCUCGACGAGGCGGGCAUCCUGAGCUUCAGCUCCAGCGAGAUCCGCGACGACACAGCGGGAGCAGCAUGAGAAUGCACGACAUGAGAGACACACGCAUGUGUGAUGAUGGCGAGAUGACAUUGCACGGUGGCUGAGGUAUCGGUCUAGGGCAUGGCAGGCGGGCAAGUAUGAACCAGUGGGCAGGGAACGGGCACUCUAGCUGCUCAGGCUCUGGGCCUUGGCAGUGGGGAACACAAGCAGGUCGGAGAGGCGGUGCUUCUGCGCGCCGCCGUUGAC